AUGUUCAACUCUACCAUAGUCACACAUUUGACACUUGGCGCCUACUUUGACACUGGGUUGUUGAAAUACUUAUUCUUCUUGAUUCUAAUGAGCUUAUAUGUGUGGAUCAUCAUCUCCAAUGUUCUGCUGAUUGUGCUUAUCUGUGUGAACAGGAGCUUACAUGAACCCAUGUACCUGUUUCUGUGCAGUCUGUUUGUGAAUGAACUGUCUGGUAGUACAGGGCUGUUUCCUUUCCUUCUGCUUCAGAUCCUCAGAGAUGUUCACACUGUUUCUACUUCACUGUGUUUCCUGCAGAACUUCUUUCUGUUUUCAUACGGAGGUGUUGAGUAUUUAAGCCUGGCCAUCAUGUCGUAUGACCGCUACCUGGCCAUCUGCCAUCCUUUACAGUAUCACACACUGAUGACCCCCAACAGGAUGUCCAUGCUCAUCGCUCUCACAUGGUUGUGCCCUUUGUUUCUCUGCGUUAUCAUGGUUUGUUUAACCAGGUCUUUACUCCUGUGUGGUGAUAUUGUCCAUAAGGUCUACUGUGAUAAUUACUCUGUCGUUAAACUGGCCUGUUCUGACACCACCAUUAAUAACAUCUAUGGACUCAUUAUUGUUUCUUUUUCAGUCUUUGGCCCUGUAAUUCUGAUUCUUUACUCGUACGUGUGGAUUCUUAAAGUGUGUUUUUCUGGAUCUAAACAGACCAGGCAUAAAGCUGUCAGUACCUGUACACCUCACUUGGCUUCACUGAUAAACUUCUUAUUUGGAGGCUGUUUCGAGCUGUUACAGAGCAGGUUUAAUAUGAAAAGUGUGCCCAAUGUUGUGAGAAUCCUCCUGUCAUUAUACUGGCUCACCUGUCAGCCGCUCUUUAACCCUUUAUUAUAUGGCCUUAAUUUAUCCAAAAUACGCAUCUUAUGUAAAAGUCUUCUUUCUGCUCAGACUCUGUAA